AUGGAUGCAAGGUUGCUUGAAGGAUUGCAAGGUAUGACGCUGGAGGAAGAUAAGACGAUAGUGAUACCAGAAGAGGACGAGACUUUUUGUGCUCUGGACAGAGGAGGACGAAGCUUGAUGGGCAGACUCUUAAACCCAGAGUGUCAGAACAUGGCCAGAAUGCUGAGAACGAUGCCAAAGAUCUGGAAAGUUUAUGAACGAGCAAGAGGGAUUGCACUCUCGAGAGAACGCUUCCAGUUUGUUUUCGAUCUAGAGACAGACAUCCAAACUGUCCUUAAGCAGGGAUUUUGGACUUUUGAUGACUGGGGCCUAGCCUUGGAGAGAUGGGUGGAGUACCCACCGAGGAAUUUCCUUCAGAAAGCGGAGGUGUGGAUACGUCUGAGGAACAUCCCGGUGAACUACCUAACAUUGAAGACGAUAGACUUGAUUGCAGAUGAGAUUGGACACGUGAAAGUUCUGGAAUAUGAUCCAGACAAACCCAUGCUUAACGACUAUGUGAGAGUCCAGGUUAUAGUGGAUCUUAACCAACCUCUUAGGGACAAGAAAUCACUUACCUUGCCCGGAGGACGAGUGGAGUAUAUUGAUGUGGAGUAUGAGAGAGUUAGAAAGAAGUGCUUUCACUGCUACCGCCUCUCUCACGAGAAACUGAGAUGCCCAGUGAUACAGGCUGCGAAGAAGAAGGGCAAGGAGAUUGAUAGAGGUCAAGGGUCAGGACAGAACCAAAGCGUGGAAGGACGUCAGCACCACAGUAAUCUAGCUGAAACACUGAUGCCGUUACUUGCUCCAUCGAUACCUCCAGGCUUUGAACCUCACAGUACGAUGGUAGCUCCUGAAGUCUUUGAAGAGAUGAGAAUCUACAUGAAUUGUGUAGAUCCUGAGGAAAGAAGGAUCAGGGAAGCACGCAUGAAAAAACCCUUGAUGAACUGUCAAGAGAUCCUCUGGCACAGAGAGCUUAAUCCACAAGAAGCUUUGGAGGUCGUGGAUUAUGUAACAGAGCAUGCUAAAAACUUGGGAAAGAAGCUUCGUAUUUCGCCUCAGAAGAAGAUUGCCGGAGUGGAUAGAGGACAACAAAUUGAGGAAGACCGCUCUCAUGGUCAAAGAGCAGGAGGUUUUGUUAUGGGUAGUCACCAAUCUCUACCAGCGGAGAGAGAUAACAGAAGCCGUGGUUCGAAGAGAAGCAGUGCUUCAUGGGUUCGUAGGAACCAGAAUAAGAGAAGAGACGUCGGGUCUAAAGGAGAGAGGGAAGUAAGGAGCAGUGAUGAGGGCCCUCUCAAGCGCAAGGCUACGGACGAAGGAGAAGUUACCUCUAAAGUAUCGAAACAGUAUGAAGGUUUGAUGGUUCACCAGAAACCAUCCAGUCCUCAAUGA